GACAGUGGGUUGUAGGCAGACAGUGGUAGACAGCAGGUGGCAGUGCGGCCUCCCUCAAAUUAGGGCGUACAUGGACGACACGACUUUGCUGACCACGACACAUGCUUAAACAAAAAGAUUAUUGGAGAAACUGAAUGAAAAUCUUAAGUGGGCUAAACUGAAGACAAAGUUUAUGUAAAUGAGGAAGAAAUCCCAUCUGUGAUGGAGAAGUAGUUAAAAGCUUAGGUAGGUGGUUUAAUGGGGAGUUAAAUGCCACAGGUUCAGCAACUUAAAAUAGACGUCAUUGAUAGGUGAGAUGGAGUUUAUUGUACACCUAUGAAUGGAGAUAGACCUUUGCUUAUAUAUCAUCACUCAAGCCAUGUAAGUAGAUAGGAAACAUCAUAACACCAUAGAUGUUAUAAAGUAAAAUCUGUAAUAUGUUUUAAAUGUAACACCCCCAUAAGCCAUUUACCUAGCAGAUAACAAGUUUCAACAUGACCACAAGGAAGGUAUUCAGUUACACCAACACACCUCUGUUCUGUGCUUUGUCAUUUCCUGUAUUGACAGAGGCAUCGUUAUUCUAGCUAGCUAGCUAGCUAGCGUGUGCGUAACUGAAUUCGACUGAAAUACUUUUGAAACUUGCAGUGCAGAGUCUUAUCUGAGCCACCACCCCUUCUUGCCUCAGUAUAAAUCCUGAAUGUCACUCUGCCACACAAUUUAAAGCAAAUCGUGUGUCAGUGAAAACCUCAACAGCGUCAGAAUGCGCUCAGCUCUGAUCUUCAGCCUUUGUAUCUGGUUUGUUUCUGCAUCUGCUCCUCAGAACGUGUGUUAUUUGAAGGGUAAUCAACAAGCAUGCGACCUUUACGAAGAUCUCUGGCAAAAGAAUCUGGAUAUUGCUGGUGAUGUGCUAAACUCCAAGUUCAUUCAAACCAUGCAGUCUGGAAGCCUUCCUGUACACUGUUACAUAACCUUCACUUUGCAGGAUAUUUACUAUUUGGAGGAGGUCACAGACAUGUUGAAGACUCUGAGCGCUAAAGUGGAGAAACCUGAAGAUUUAAAAACAUUCUUUCAAGAGCGGUAUAAAAGUUACUCUGAUUACACCUCUGAUGUGCUGGGUAUCUGCUCGCUCACGGACAAAUCGAUUAUCAAACCCCAGGCAGCGAUUAAGAACUACACUGAUGCUUACCGCGAUGUGAUGAACACACAGGAUCCCAUUUAUUUUGCUAUUGCCAUGCUGCCAUGUUCUCGACUUUGGACUCAUUUGGCUGAGAAACUUCAGAUGGAUAAGAACAACGCUUACUAUGAAUUCAAGGCAGACAACAUGAGGCAUCCAGAGAAACACUUCAAACCUCUUCUGGACAAAUACCAAAGUACUAUCGAUGUAACCCUUGCUCAUGCUAUUUUCCGUAGUCAAAUGAAACAUGAGAGGGCUUUCUUCCAGUCCGCGGUGCCAUAAUAAUGUGCUUUGUAUGACCAUGCAUAUUUGCUCAUGGGACAUACUCUAAAUUACAGUGCUUUUACAAAUUGUGAAUUCUGAUCAGAGCCCUUCAGGUGUUGUUAGUAACAUGUAAGCUUGCUCAUAUUAUUUCAAAGCAUUCAGUAUAUUUCCUGAAUGAUAUAUUCUAGAAUGCUGUAAUGCUGAUAUCGCAUAGGUUUAGUAAAUAAAUAAGGCUCAGGCUCAUUAAAAUGAUCUGUAUAAAAGAAAACACUUAAACAAUUCAGCAACUUUGGGGAAAGGGGAAAAAUAGAUCAUGUGAUCUCUGUUUUGUCUAAAGACAAAAUUAUUAAUCAAUCACUUUUGAUUUUUCUUUCAUGCUUUUACUUCUUUUCAUUCUUGUUUCUUUGUGUAUCUCUGUGUUGUGAGUCUUGGUAAAUGCAUCUAAUAUGGCCUCUGUUUAUGUUAUGAAAUCAGGAAGUGAUGUGAACUUGUA